UCCAUUUUCAGAUUGCACCUGUCCAGUCAAGAUGGCGUCGAAACGUGAGAGCUUCUCGCCUAUGAAGUCAAAGCGCCUGGAUGAAAAGACGACCUUACAGGAAUUGAACAAUCGCCUCGAGAUGUACGUUCUCCGCGUGAAGGAAGUACAAGAUUCGCGCGACGUGGCCGAGAAAGAGCUGGACACGAUCCGCGAUCGCAUGCAAAUGGAUUUGAGUAUGACCAAGACGCGCUUGAGCAAGGAGUUGGAAGACACGCGCAAGCUGCUCGAGUUUGAAAUCGACCAGAAGACUCGCCUCCAAGUCUUGGAGCAAGAACAGCACACGGAAUUGGUGAAAUUGCGCACCCAAGUGAAAGAAUUUGGCGACAUUCGCGUCGAACUGGAUGCAGUGCAAGGGGAACUGGCGAAGGAAAAGGAAAGCUCCAAGGCGGCCAAGGAAGCGCUGGCCCUGCAGACCACGUCGUUGCAAAGCGCCCGUCGAAAGUUGAAGGACUUGGACAAGGAAAACCGCAAGCUCGCGUCAAGUUUGAGCGACACGACCAACGAAUUGGAGCAACUCAAGCAAAAGACGUCGGAAUUCUCGUUGACCCGCGACACGGAAAUCACGCUUGUGCGCAAGGAGAUGAACGCCAAGCAUUUGGAAGCGUUGGCGGCGUGGCGCCGCGAGUCGGAAGACCGACUCCACAAUAUCGAAGCCGAAGUCCGCUCGCAUUUUGAAGGCCAGAUCGAAGGGCUGCGAUCGCAAGUCGAAGAAGCCAACUUGGAAUUGGAUUCGCUCAAGAUUGAAUACGAACGCACGGCGAACGACUACGACGAAAGCUUGAAGAUCCGACAGUCGCUUACGGAUAAGCUGUCGACGAUUGAAACCCAAUACCGCAACGAGCGCAAGAAGUUCCAGGAAGACCGCAAGACGUACGAAAUCAACAUUGACAACGCCCGCCAAGCCCGUUUGGCCAAAGAAACAGAGUUCAACGACCUCAUGGACAUCAAGAUUGCGUUGGAUGCUGAAAUUUCGGCAUACCGUAGCAUUCUGGAUCGCGAAGAGACUCGAGUGGGUAUUGAUCAUGCGAACCACAGCAAGAAGCGCAAGGCGAGCUUGACGCCGGUGAAGUCUACCUCGUCUCGCCAACACAAGCGACGAAAGAGCCAUUCCACGGGCGCCGUGCGCAUCACGUACUUGAACUUGGAGCAAGGUCGCAUCACGUUGGAGAACACGGGCACGGUGGCGUUGCCUCUGGCAGGGUGGCAGGUCACGAGCAAGGCCACGAAUGUCGUGUUUGCGUUCCCGGAAGACUAUGUAAUCCAACCCAGUGGCCACGUAUCUGUGAUCUCUGGGCGCAACGCCGCCCCGACCGAAGAAGAAAAGGAAUCGAUGGAUUUCUACGUGAUAAAAAAAGCCAUGUGGAACUCCCACGCGGACGUGGCGCAGCUGACCAACCCUGCUGGGGACGUCGUGAGCUCAUAUGCUGAAGGCAUGACCGUGGACGAUGAUGAUGUGGAUGCGGCAGACACGCCGGUGAAGGAAGGGUGUGGCAUCAUGUAAGCAAGAGAUGGACGUGAUGCGUGUACCCUAGCGUAGCCAUGGAAGGAUACAGACAAGAUAUUGAAAAGCCUAGUGUAUAUUGUUGCAUGAAUAUGAACACAACCAUGCGUUGA